AUGCCUACCAGAAGACAGCAAUCCCUUGACGUCGACUUCCAAUUUGGACAGGCAGGAAAGGAACGGAAACAGCCCGGCCGAUUGGAGCAGUUAGGCAGCCAUGUAAGGCAAAAGCUCUCCAAGUCCAAACUGAGCAAAAACAGUUCGACUGGGAUCUCUCUUCAACGUUUGGGAGUGGAAAAUCCCGAAGCUGCUUUGAGCCAACGCUCAACUGGCCUGCUCGAGCUUCUGAUGCCAAGAGGAGGUAGUGAAGGAGGCUACGACAGCGAUGCCAAAAGUAUUCAGACAGCCAUGUUAAAGGCGAGUGACGGUACAACGAUACGGAGUCCUCAGGCAGCGGAAGACCUGGUCAGAACCGCCGGUAGACCGACGUCUCUUGAAGGCGUCCCAACAUCGCAGAGUAGCGUUGACGGAAUCCCAGGUGGUCAGCACACGCACAGAAGCCCGUCAUCGCUCUCGACGCCUUCGAAGACAUUAUUCACCAAAAUCGUGCUGGAAGAUGACAAUCAGUCGCCUACAAGAGUCCUCCAGAGGCUCAGUGUCGGCCUGGCGAGUGGGACCAUCAAACUGGGAGAUGUUAAUGGCUUGAGUGGAAAUCUGAACCAACAGGAAUCGCCCAGCUCACAAAAACGGAGAAAUGAUCUAGAGUUUGAGAAAGCGUUGAGAAGAUUGAGCACUACUGUUGCAGCCGCAAGAACGGAGAGCCUCGAGUCUAAUGCUGAAAAUGCCCGAAACAGUCUCCUGGCAACUCUGGACCCGAGUUUGAUUAACUUUAUUUCAAAGUUCGGCGAACUCAAGUCGAUAGAUUGUUCGAGAAGAUCAUCCCAAGAGAAUGCCGUUGACAAAGGCCAAACUGCGCAAAAACUGGAGAUGGCUGAUCAAAGCCCAAUGGAGAUCUCAGUCCUAGGGGAUGGAAGUGUCAUGAGGAAAGAUAUGGCAUCGCUCACUAAUUCUGAGCGAAGCUCGAUACAUCUUUACAACAUGAGGAUAUCCCAACGACUUGCAAGUCCUUCCGUCAACGCGUCUGGAUCCAGACCAGAGACAAGUCGCACCAGUAUUGAACAAGCUAAGAAUGAGCUUACAGAGGGCUGGCCGGCUGACAGUCGACUGUCGUUGACUGAAAGACGCCCUGGCUGGGUCGCAACUGAGCACAACAAACGACCAUCAGAUCCCAGAACUCGGCGCCUCUUUGAGGAUGUCAUGGCUGCGGAUAAGUCUAAAUCGCAAUUGAGGAAUGUGGUCUCAGCUAGUUCUAAUCCCGGAACAAAACUUGUCGGUCAUGAUGACGCUUCGUCAUUCUACUGGAGUGAUGGUGAAGUCAGUGAAGACAGAAGUCGACAACGCAGCACGAGGCGAAAUCCGAACAGUCUUGCAGUGGCCGGAAGAUCAGAAUCCAUCAGCUUACCCGUCAGUUCCUCCGGUGGUAGCAUGGGCCACGUCUCGGUUGCAGGGGAGGGUGUUUGGUUCGGUCGCAGAUCCUCACAAAUGCGACGACAAGGCGAUGAUGAUGGCCAGCUCAAGCUACACCCACAAAGACAGCGAAGCGCCAGCAUGCCGACGGGGAACAAAUUUAGUCUCAUAGCCGUGGGCACCGCCCCGAGGCGUGACCGAGGUCCGACGGAUGACUAUGAGACGUUGAGUGAGAUCAGCACCGACCAAAUCCAAGACACGAGAAGAGAACAGCUCACAGAAGUCAGUGUCCAAGCGGUCCGUGACGUGUACGAUGAAAGAAUGAGUGAUAUUGACCCUGACACAAUAUCUGCGACAAGGAAACUGGACUCGAGCUUGACAGAGUUUGACCCAUUCUCUCAGUCAACCAAGAGACGGUCACUUGGCAGCUCCGAUCUUCUACCUGGCAAUGGACGUCAAAGAACGGAGUCUAGUCAAGGGGCGAAUGGCUUUAGUGGGUCUGAAGGUAGAUAUCCAGAAACCACUACCGACAUGUGGCGGCGAACGUUGAAGCAAGCAAUUGACAAGCCUCAGGACGAGAUGCUGGGUGGCUUUCUUACUGCCCCCAAAUUCGACCGCAAUGGUAGGCGAAGAAGCUCGGCGUCCAGUUACAGUACUGCCAAGUCUGAUCAGGAAGCCGUGACGGCGGAAUCGGUCAAUGUUCCGGACAAGAGAAGUCUGCAGCAAGUCCAGGUCUCUAUGUCUGCAGUUCAACCCCAGUCACUCAAACUAGGCCAAACACCAAGACUUGACAUGCGACGAAGCGGUCUGGGGUUGAAGGGAGGAGGGCAAGUGAAAAGAGCAACUGGAGAGAAAAAGGCCAGCAAAAAGAAGAGUCUCUUGGAUCUGGGCAAAAGGUUCACCACACUUGGACUUUCGACGCAAGGCGAGACAGGUCACGGAACCAGCACUCCAUUCAGGGAUCUUUUGGGCCGGUGGGGACGGUUUCCUAGUUAUUCAAGAGAGGCUAGAUGUGGUCCAGCAGGUGCAAGCGAGGGUGUUGCUGUUCGUGACUUUGCUUUGGAAUGUUCUGAUGAAAACGCACCAUCCUAUGUACGGGCUCAGCAGACUUCUUGGAACCGGAACCGAUCGGCUUUAACCCUGGGCUUGCAUAGGCCACCAUCUAGAAGACGGCUACCUUUUGGGAGAAAGGUGAGAAUGGACAAGAGGAAAAGCAAAAGCCUGGACCUUUUACGAAGCAGUAUCAACACCCCGGGAUUUUUGGGUCCUCGGACCAAGAAAACUGGGACCGGGCUGGUUGACAAGUGGAAAAGGGCAUACCGAAGCAGCAGCUCUGAUCUCCGAGCGUACACACAAACCUAUGGACAUAGAAGCAGUAUCAGUAUGAGUGCCAGUGUCGAAUAUCCUGAGCUGGAAAUCAUUGCCGGGCACGACGGUAGCCAGGACUCUCCAUGUCAAGAACAUCACCGCCGUGGUGAGGUAGGAGGUCCACCAGGGCCGCCACAGGCGUCGACAGGUGCGCUGCCUUGGACGAACAUGUAUCGAGAAUGUGUUGGCAGUCUCUCUGCGCUGAAGAGUGAUGUGGACUUGCAGCAAAUGAACCAAGUGGAUGAAGCAAAGCAUCGAGAUGGCAGACAAAGCAGCGGGGAGAUGAAAAGCACCGAUCUACGCAGCAGUACGGUGGACUUUGAGGUGCAGCUGGGACGAGAACAUGAAGCGGUAAGAGAAGGGUUGAUCCGGAAGAUCGAAAACAUAGGAAAAGAGGGAUCCCCGGAUGGAACCCCGGAUGGAACCCCGGAUGGCUUGGACGGGGGCGGGAUGAAGGGGAAGCCGGUCAAGCAGGAUUAG